AAAAAAAAAAGGCCAGGUUCACUGUGUCUCAUCCUCUGGGAAACAUAAAUGUCUGAGCUUAACGUGCAGCCACUCCGUCUUGCACAGAGUUUUUAGUCUGGCCUAAAGCGGCGGCGGAUUUUACAGCCACGUCGUUCGUGAACUCGAAGUGGUUGUUUUUAUAGCUCACGGCUCAUUUGUCUGGUGGCAGUUCUGGAACUAAUUCUAUUUUCCCCUCUCCUUUUUCCCCUCCAGGCUGUUUCUCUUUUUUGUGGAGACGGAAAACAUGUCCCGGCUCUUCUGGUGGAGUCAGAUGCUCCGCGAUCCCCGCAUACUACGACGGGAAGCUCAUCGGCUAACGCGGGCGCGGCUGUGAUUAAAGAGUCUGGGCCCGUGCGGCUGGUGCACCGUCACUCCGCGGCCUCGGGCCUCGCGUUCCCGCUGCACGCCGAUGAUGCUCAGUUGCGGAGAAUGUUGCAAAAGAGACGCCGUGCAGCUGUGAUUACUUCCUGCUGUCCGGGCAGCGGCGGCGGCGGCGGCGGUGAAGUAAAAUUAGCAGAGGUCUCAGAGAGCACGGGGCGUGGGGUGGACGGUAAAGCUCUGGAGCACGAUGGAGGGCGCUCUUCAAAAGCUGCAGUCAGUCAGCGUGACAUUUUCCAAGCCGCUCCUCUGCGGACUGGCAGCGCUUUAGUGAAACCUUCAGAUUUGUCACAGUUAGAGGCGCGGAGCCGAACAGCCGGCGUUAUUAAGACGCAUCGGCUUCUAGACUUGAAGGAAGGCUCUGUUUUACCAGAGAGUUUUCAGAAACCGCUCCUUCCUGCAAAAGAUAGAUUUCACGUCAAGAAGUGGCUCCUGUUGGCGUCCGCACAGAACAAAGCACCCACGCGUGAGCCGUGGCUUCAGAUAAGGCCUGCUCGAGAUGAUAAUGACCAACAUUUGAGCUGGGAGAUAAUCGUCAAACAAGCACGGCUCCAAAUCCCAGAGGGAGGGGGGGAAAACAGACAUCACACGGGGCCGGGGACGGUGAAAGGAGAUCAGCGUACGUCUUGCACGAAUCGCAUAAUCGGGAUGUCGAUAGAAAGCAAACGGCAUCGGAUGAGGGAGAAAAAGCCUCAAUCGUGGUUUUCAUCCCAGACGCGGAGGCAAACAAACAAACAGAGCCUUUGUCUGAAAGACGAGCGGCUCCAAACAUAGUGAUUAGGUGGGAAACAGGUGACCCUCCUCCCGUCGCCACAGUGAAGCAGCCGUUAUUAGACCUGAAUGGAAUAAAGAAAAUAGAUUUAAAAGAGUCUAAACACCGAGAAACAAAGACUGCAGCUGGAGAGGGAGAGGAAAGUGGGAAUAAACUUGUAGAAUUUAUGAGAAUAAAUCCCCCUAAACACUCAACCAUCCCCUCCCUCCUGAUGAGAGAGCCAGAGCAGGUAGCAGAGAUGACCACAGCAGACGUGGACGUGAAAGACACAACGACAGUGACCACGGUGGGUUUCGACAGAGGAGAAAAGAACCCGACGACGACCGGGAAGAGUCCAGACUCAGACGCUCGGCCGAAAUUUAGAAAAUGCAAACCAGAAACCAUCCAAGCUAAGGCAGCGGAGACGCCCUCAGGCCUCAGGAUGAGAGAAGACGUCCUGGCAAAUAUAACCGAUCUUCACAAAGGCCCACGGAGCGAAGACGGGGGUUUGAAAAGCACAAAAGGCACAACAGAAACGCCUUUUAUUAUUAAACCUUCAGAGACAAACCAGGGAGGAGCUGGAAGCAAACAGCUGGAGACUGCAGCUGACACGGUGUCACCCUGCGGAGGUUUAACGCAUCGCACCGAGGCCGGAUGGAAACACUGCAUGGAGAGACAAGGAAUUGCACGAUCAGAGCUCUUAUCAUCGAGGGGAACUACUGAAUCAACUCAGAAUACACCCGGGCAACGUGACGACGACCCCCCGAAUGAAGACGACCACUUCUAUUAUUUUGAUGGCGUGCUGAAAAGAGUUCAAAAUAAUUUUUACCCCUUUGACAAGACACAAAGACGCAGACAACAGAGGAGCCACAAUAACAGAAAGAACGACGUUCCUACUGAGGCGAAGAGAGGAGGCAGUCGUGUAAAUUUUCUCAGUUAUAUCAGGCAUCUUACUUUGAGAAAUAAGGCGAAAUAAAUCCCAGCUUCUCAUUAUGCCGAUGAAGACUAUUAAAGUAGCAACAACCCCGCCUACUGGUCAGUACCUGAACUGCAAUGUAUUGUUUAAAGGGUACACAGAGCCGUAUAUUUGAGAGAGUCUGGUCAACUCAAAUCAUUG